AUUUCCAACUCCAACUUCAACUUCAACUUCACCGCAGACGCAGCAAAAUUUGGUAUCCUCGGAUCUGAGGCUAUUGGAAUCACGACUUGGAGUACAGAAUGAAAAGCACUUUUAAAGACGACGACGUGUAUAGCUGGCCAUCGACAAUCAUUUGCCAUAAAUGCAGCAGGAGUUUACCUUCUUCUAAAGAUCCUACUCUCUCGUCUUCUGAGCUCUUUCAGAGGCUUCACGAGGGAUAUUCGCCUGCUGAGUCGGAACUAAAAUCAAUUUCCGGUGUUCACUCACAGAUAGUCAAGGAAGUCGUCGCUUACGACGUUGAAAUAUUGCGACUCCUACAGACUCUAGAGAAUUUGCACAGAGACCGUGACAGGCUCAGGACCUACGCCGAUCAUUAUGGCACCCUCAUAUCGCCAGUACGACGACUGCCUUACGACGUCUUACUGCAAAUAUUCAGAGAAGUUUGCCGAAAGCAAUACAACAUCCAUGCACCUCAAAUGUCCCUGCGUCUUGGGCUAGUUUGCAAGCACUGGCGUGCCAUUACCCUCGAUUCGCCCAGCUUAUGGUCAACCAUCACCAUUCCCUUGAACUUCUUUCCGUGGUCUCGAUGGAGCGCUCGCGACAAGAUCGUUCAAAUUCAGCUGCUCCGUUCUGAACAGAUACCCCUAACUCUUGAAUUUCUUACUCUCGAUGUCGACGACCAUGAUCAUGCCUUCAAUUCCAUCGUUCAAAGUCUUCACGGACAGCGGCAUCGUAUUCGUCAAGUCGAAUGUUCCCUCAGCGCAUUGCCGCUACUCCAGAGUGACAUGCUGGAAGCGGCAGAGGACAUGGUUAUCAUGGGCCAUUCAUGUACUGAACCCCUCAACCAUUACACCCUCCAUGUCCCCAACCUCCGAUCCCUGACAAUCGGUGAUCACGUUCCGCUCAGGCGCGUCGAUAUCCCACAACAUCUGCAUACGCUCAACCUCGUAUUAAGACGCAAGGACUUCAUCUCUGUCCUGGAUAGUCUACCUGGAAUGUGCAAGCUGCGUUACCUUACCAUCGAAGCGCGAGGCACGUGGCACUCAAAUAGGAAUGUGAAUCCUAUUUGUUUGAAUACAGUCACGUCCCUCACUUUGCGCAGCCUACAUCCCAGCAAUGACAACACCUCGUACUUUCUUAGAUCCAUUCAUGUUCCUGCUUUGUCCCAUUUUACUAUCGUUGGUGGAAGCUUACAACUGGACGCUAUCAAGUCUCUACUUGAACGGUCUAGCCCGCCCUUAAAAAGCCUCGAGAUCAUGACCAACGUCAAUACGGUCCCUGUGGAUCUCCCCAAAUUUAUGGCUAUCCUGCAGGCAGUGCCGGGUUUGACAACGUUAGCGAUCCACGAGCAAAGAUCAAAUGUCGCUGUUACAGCAUCGCUUUUGAGGGAGUUGGUUUUUGAUGGUGAUCACGAGCCCCUUCUUCCGAAACUUGAGCAUCUCGAGCUCGUUUCGGGUACGCCGUGGACGGACGUGGAAAAAACUAUCAUGCACCUGAUCCAGUCCCGGCAUGGAGGUUGUACUAGUUAUCGUGGUAGGAGAACCGAUGCACCUCUCAAGUCUGUCAUGUUGAACUGGCAGGUCCUAUGCACGAAACCGGUCUUUCAAGAAAUGAGACGCACGGGGCUACAAAUAUGGGAAAUACUUCCGAUGCAACGUAUUAUUCGCUGAGAAUGGUCUUUUUGCAAGCCGGGGCGGCGGGUUGCUCCUGGCCAUGGCAAACAUUCCUAGGAGUAAAAUACGAGUAAAAUACAAGCAAUGUGUUAUGUGUACGUCUAUGGGAUUGAAAUGACAUUCUUCGC